CCGCCGCCGCCGCCGCGAAGCUCCGAGCCGCGGGCCGGGCGGCGGCCCUGAGAGCGUGUGGCGGGCCGAGACACCGCCGCGGAACCGAGGCGGAGCCGUGUCCUCGUCCCCAGCGGUCCCGCCCAAAGCCGGACUCGGUGGCACAACUAAAAAAAAGGUAUUUAUGGAAUUCCAAUGAAUGGUGAUGUAUGAUGCAGUUCAGAUAAUUAAGGUCAGCAUGGAUUCCUGGCUCAUUCUUGUUCUACUGGGCAGUACUGUGAUACGCAUAGGUGCCAACAAUACUACCACAGUUUCACCUUCAGUAAGCGUUACAAGAUCUAUUAAAACAUCGACAGCAGGGUCAGUUAAAGAAGAGACCAAAACUUCAAGUCCUACUUCUUCAGUAACUUCCCUUUCUGUGACAUCAACAUUUAGCCCAAACCUAACUCUGGGAGCCACCUAUGUAACCACUGUCAAUUCUUCAGACUCUGACAGUAGGACCACAAGAACAGCAAGCACUGAUUCUGUAGUCACUACAAUUUCACCAAAUGGAACGGGUCUUCCAGAUACCAGAACAAAACCUUGGGAGGGGAAUUCCAGCACUGCAGUGACCACUCCAGAAACUUUCCCUCCUUCAGGUAAUUCUGACUCGAAGGACAGAAGAGAUGAGACGCCAAUUAUUGCUGUGAUGGUGGCCCUGUCCUCUCUGCUAGUGAUUGUGUUUAUUAUCAUAGUUCUGUACAUGUUAAGGUUUAAGAAAUACAAGCAAGCUGGGAGCCAUUCUAAUUCUUUCCGCUUAUCCAAUGGCCGCACUGAGGAUGUGGAACCCCAGAGUGUGCCGCUCCUGGCCAGGUCUCCAAGCACCAACAGGAAGUAUCCGCCCCUCCCCGUGGACAAGCUGGAAGAGGAGAUUAACCGGAGAAUGGCUGAUGACAAUAAGCUCUUCAGGGAGGAAUUUAACGCUCUCCCUGCUUGCCCUAUCCAGGCUACCUGUGAAGCUGCCUCCAAGGAGGAAAACAAGGAAAAAAAUCGAUAUGUAAACAUCUUGCCUUAUGACCACUCUAGAGUCCAUCUGACACCAGUUGAAGGAGUUCCAGAUUCUGAUUACAUCAAUGCUUCAUUCAUCAAUGGCUACCAAGAAAAGAACAAAUUCAUUGCUGCACAAGGACCAAAAGAAGAAACAGUGAAUGAUUUCUGGAGGAUGAUCUGGGAACAAAACACAGCCACCAUCGUCAUGGUGACCAACCUGAAGGAGAGAAAGGAGUGUAAGUGCGCCCAGUACUGGCCAGACCAAGGCUGCUGGACCUAUGGGAACAUUCGUGUAUCUGUAGAAGACGUGACCGUCCUGGUGGACUACACAGUGCGGAAGUUCUGCAUCCAGCAGGUGGGCGAUGUGACCAACAGAAAGCCACAGCGCCUCAUCACUCAGUUCCACUUUACCAGCUGGCCAGACUUUGGAGUGCCUUUCACCCCAAUUGGCAUGCUCAAGUUCCUCAAGAAGGUGAAGGCCUGUAACCCUCAGUAUGCAGGGGCCAUCGUGGUCCACUGCAGUGCGGGCGUAGGGCGCACAGGCACCUUUGUCGUCAUUGAUGCCAUGCUGGACAUGAUGCAUACGGAGCGGAAGGUGGAUGUGUAUGGCUUUGUGAGCCGGAUCCGGGCACAGCGCUGCCAGAUGGUGCAAACAGACAUGCAGUACGUCUUCAUAUACCAAGCCCUUCUGGAGCAUUAUCUCUAUGGAGAUACAGAACUAGAAGUAACCUCUCUAGAAACACACUUGCAGAAAAUUUACAACAAAAUCCCAGGGACCAGCAAUAAUGGAUUAGAGGAGGAGUUUAAGAAAUUAACAUCAAUCAAAAUCCAGAAUGACAAGAUGCGGACUGGAAACCUUCCAGCCAACAUGAAGAAGAACCGGGUUUUACAGAUCAUUCCAUAUGAAUUCAACAGAGUGAUCAUUCCAGUUAAGAGGGGGGAGGAGAACACAGACUACGUGAAUGCAUCCUUCAUUGAUGGCUACCGGCAGAAGGACUCCUACAUCGCCAGCCAGGGCCCUCUUCUGCACACAAUUGAGGACUUCUGGCGAAUGAUCUGGGAGUGGAAAUCCUGCUCUAUUGUGAUGCUAACAGAACUGGAGGAAAGAGGCCAGUUUCUCUGGCUCAGUGAGGAAGAUGAACUAGAAGUGAGUGAGCCAAAAACAGAGAGGAAGCUGUGGCACCCCUGCUGGUGGCCUGGACGCAGCAGGGCUAGUGACAAGUGGUCUUCCUCAAGGGAUGGUGAAGAAGUGGCAUGGACUGGACGGGGGCAGAAUGUACCCACUCAAGACUCACUGAAUUUUCAACCAGUUAAAAAUGUUUUACACUAAUUGUUCCAAGCCGCAUCUUUCCCAUUUAUACUUGUGCAUUUUGGUUAUUUGAACCUUGAUACAGCUUUAUAUACAUUUGCUCGCCCUGAUGCUGUUAUGUCAAGUUUUUUCAGUUGUACUCAUGUAAUUCAUUAGCUGUUCUUUCCAGAUUUGCAUCAUGUAGCUAAUCAAAAGAUAAAUGUAGGUCCUCAUCUGUCAUUAAUAACAAUACUGAUGAGGUAAGAGGUUUUGGGUAAGGUUCUGGGCUCUGCACUCAAGGAAGCAUACACCUGAGUGACAGCCCAGUUGAGCAAUGAGCUCCUGUGUUUUCAGGAGCUAGGUGCAUGCUUCCUGGCCCUCUCUAAAAAGCUAUGCCACAACAUGCAGGCAGAUCAGGAACCUACAUGAGGUUCCCCCACAUUCCACUGUCCAGAUCUUCUGCAGUCCAAAGAGCAGGUAGGAAAACUGGGAUGGUAAGCACCGCAUCCUCAGUCCACUGCCCUGUGAUACCUCAGCCUGUCCAGUCAGGUUAGCAGGCUCUUCCAUCCUUGAAGACCUAGAGAGCCCACAGCAGAGAAGAAGCUGUGGCAGUACUGCUGGUGGCCUGGGCCCAGGAGUGCUGAUGAGCUGUCUGCCCCAAGAGUUGGUGAAGAGGUAGCAUGGACUUACAGGGGGAGGGAUGCAAGGGGCAGAAGUGGGGAGAAGGGACAUGCACACCCAGGUUCUCCAUUGGUUAAGUCUGCAGUCAGUUGGCUAAGGCCCAUUCUUCUCUGUUUACACUGUGCCAUAGGCCUGUCUGCCUCGGGCCAAUGUAAUGAGCAGUAGCUCUUGCCCUCAGAAACUUGUGAAAUGAGUUAGAACAGGAUAUUAAUGAUGUUCUUUACAAGGCCUCAAUGCCCCUUAGGAGAAAAUUCCACUUCUGGUUCCAUCUCCCAUUAAGUGUAGCUCCCAGAGAUAUUAACACAAUAAGCCUACAUGUUACAAUGAAGGGUGUUUACAUUUAUAUGUGAUACCACCACUUGCCACAUCCAAUUUUAAAUUCCCAGAGAAAAUGUUUUGAUCCCAAAAUAUAAAUUCUGUAUACAUUAAAAUCCCAAAGCAAUUAAAACUUAAAAUUAUCUUCUC